CAAUUUUUCAAAUGACGCAUUUAUAGUACGACUCGCCCUUGGCAUUUAAUGCUAGCAAUUGUUCACUCAGAUUAUCAUCAUCCUCAGCAAAGAUGAUGCUGUCGCCCUCAAUGAUACAGAUGAAGGGUGGGUACAUAGCCCAAAACGUUGAUAUUCUUAUGUUGUCGGGAUCUUAUCUUCAACUCAGCGGUGAUGAGCGUUGUGCAAGGGAUGGCUAUCGCCCUUACAAUCUUUCGUGUCUCGUUCCGACUACACAUAAGGAGAUUCUGGUGGGAGGACGCAUGGGCUGCUAUUGCUGGAUCGUGUGGCAUAGUGCAUCUGAUUAGUUCCUGGGUUCAUCUGUUCUCUUUUGACAUAGAAGGAACGACACGCGUGGUUUCUUUUUGGGCGACGACGCUCAUGACCACCUGCAUAAAUUGGUCUGCACGCAUGAGCAUACUUUUUGCCAUCGCGCGGGUUGCACGGCCCACGCAACGUCUUUAUCAGUUGUCCAUGGGCUUCGCAAUUCUUUUCUUCUUGACGUGGGGAGGUUUGAUCGCGGGCAAGGCACGGGAAACUGAAUUGAGCAGUGACUGGUACGAGUUGCCUUGGCCUUCCUGCCGCAUCACCUAUUCGAUGGCAGCGUACCAGCUUGCAACCAAGUCUGUUGCUGACACUAUUCUGGUGGUCUUUUCUUUCCGAUUGCUCUGGAACGUCAGCCUGCCCUCACGACAGCGGAGAAUGAUUCUUGCGAUAUUUUCAUCCAGCAUUAUCAUGACAAUGUUCUCCCUGUUCCGUGCUAUCACCAACUUUCUACUUACUACAUGGAUAGAGGUGAUUGCAGUGAAUUUAGAGCUAUCGUUUUCCCUGAUAAUUUGCAACCUGCUAGUGGUUGUGACAUAUGCAUACCGGGUGCUUAACCGCAAACCUGACGAUCUGGAAGAUGAUGACUAUAGCGGUCCAAUUCCAUCUGUCAUCGCAUCGCAACAGCUCACCACUAUUGCCCUCAGCUUUGUCACUGCUAUCUCCCCUUCUUUCCGCUCCCUCGAUCCACCAGCAACCUUUAUCCCGGAUCGCAAAGAGGACACGAGAUUUGUUUGAUCUAGUACCAAUCUCUACAAUUACAUGCACUGGGGCCCCGGAAUAUCUGUCUUCCUUCCUAACUGCAGCUAAAAUUAAAUGCGAGACAGUCCUUCUCGGAUUGAUUGUCAUUUUCAUGAACCGAUUUU